AAAAAAUAAAAAAUAAAAAUCAAUGCCUUUCUCUUCUCUUUCUACCUUUGGUGUUUUCAGCUAUAUCAUACAAACGCCAUUGAAACACAACCUUCAAAAUAAAAAACCAUUUACGAUCAAAUUAUCACAAAAAUAUCCCUAAUCCCACCUAUUUACCAAAUCAAAACAAACCUUAAUCCCAUUCCAAUUUCAAAAACUAAAAAACCAAACCAUGAUUAAAUUUUCAUUAUCAUAACCGUUUCUCCAACAACCUAUUUUUCUCCGAAAUGCCGACGGUAGCCGUGAAACUCUACAGCGUAUUCUUCAAGUUUCUGUUAAAACACCGUUUACAAAAUCGGAUCCAAACUCCAUCCGAAGAACCCGACCCGUUUGGCAUAACUUCUCGACCCGACGAAUCUAUCGCUUCGCCUAACCCUUCUUUCACCGACGGCGUUGCCACCAAAGACAUUCACAUCGAUUCCUUCACUUCUCUUUCGAUUCGAAUCUUUCUCCCCGAAUCCGCAUUAUCGUCUCCCGAACCUAAUUCCAAACCUAAACGAAAACCUAAUCCCGAACCUAAUGACGCGAAACGCGAAACGACGUCCUUUCCGCAGUUGAAUACAAGGAGAAACAGUUACGGUCCUUCUGGUGUUCCGGUGAAGGAGGAGCCGAGGAGGAACAGUGUCGGCGGUGAUUCGGACGGCUUGAGUUCGAUCUCUGGUGGUGGUUAUGGUGGUUAUUUGCCGACGUUGGAUGAUCGUCGGAGAAAGUUACCGGUGAUGGUGCAGUUUCAUGGAGGUGGUUGGGUGAGUGGGAGUAAUGAUUCGGUGGCGAAUGAUUAUUUUUGUAGGAGGAUUGCGAAGCUGUGUGAUGCAGUUGUUGUUGCGGUUGGUUAUCGGCUUGCGCCGGAGAGUAGGUAUCCGGCUGCUUUUGAGGAUGGAUUUAAGGUUUUGAAUUGGUUGGCGAAACAAGCGAAUUUGGCGGAGUGUAGUAAGUCAUUGGGGAUUAAGAAAAUGGAUGGUGGUCAUAAGCAUAUUGUUGAUUCUUUUGGUGCUUCUAUGGUUGAGCCUUGGUUGGCAGCACAUGGAAAUUUAUCAAGGUGUGUUCUUCUUGGUGUGAGUUGUGGAGCAAAUAUUGCCAACUAUGUAGCUCGAAAAGCUGUAGAAUCAGGCAAACAUCUGGACCCUGUCAAGGUGGUGGCACAGAUCCUGAUGUAUCCGUUUUUUGUUGGAAGUGUGCCCACGCAUUCUGAAAUAAAAUUGGCAAACUCUUAUUUUUAUGACAAGGCCAUGUGUAUGCUGGCGUGGAAACUAUUUCUACCCGAGGAAGAAUUUAGUCCAGACCAUCCGGCUGCCAAUCCCCUCGUCCCAGGCCACGGUCCUCCUUUAAAGCUGAUGCCUCCAACAUUAACAGUCGUGGCGGAACAUGACUGGAUGAGAGACCGUGCCAUAGCUUACUCAGAGGAGCUUAGGAAGGCGAAAGUUGAUGCACCUGUUCUCGAGUAUAAAGAUGCAGUCCAUGAAUUCGCAACACUUGACAUACUUCUCAAAAGCCCUCAGGCUCAGGUUUGUGCUGAGGACAUUGCCAUCUGGGUCAAGAAAUAUAUUUCACUUCGAGGUCAUGAAUUCUCAUAUUGAGUAGGAUAUACAAGAUUAUGGCAAUUAUUGGUGCGAAAAUCUUUUCCCCAUCCUUGAAAUUAGCUUCGGCUCGCUCUUCUGCUGCCACUGGACUAGAUAUAAUGAUGAUCUGUGAGGAAAACUUUUCUCUCCAGGCUGCUUUUCUGCUGCCAACUAACUUGUGGAUACUUGAUUUAUUUUGAUGCUUGAUAAGGCCCUGCCGUCAAUGUUGAUGACUGGUUCAAGAUACAGUUAUUUGAAAGUGGGAUUAGUCGAUCAUGUGAUAUGGAUGCACCUCGUGCACACCACAUUUGGUAACCCCUGUUCCAUUUUUCCUGUGUAUUAUGAUGUACUAUUUCUCAUGAAAAAUAUAUAAAUUUUUUGUGCGUUAUUCUUUUAAAUUUGCAUUCUCCAACCUUUUUAACCUUUUCUUCCAUCCAUUGUUACAGUAUGUACCAGAUAUGAGUUCUUGAUUUCUUGAUAAGAUUCAGAUUAUAGAUUACAAAA